CCGCGAGAAUGAAAGUGGUGGGAUGUGGCGCAGAGGUUGAAGAACGUGGGCGUGGACAGAGACGCACAUCGGUGCGGGAAGAAGUGGGACAAUUUGAUGCAGCAGUUCAAGAAGGUGCAUCACUUCCAAGGCUUGUCUAGGAAACAAGACUGCUUCCAAUUCUUUGGGAAGGAGAGGGCGUCCAAGGGAUUCAAUUUCAACAUGGAUCGUGCGGUUUACGACGAGAUACUGGGGUCGACCGCCAAGAACCACACCAUAAACCCGAAGAACGUCGCCGCCACUGGUGCUCCGAGUGGUGUGCGUCUGCCGUCCGCCUCUUCUGCAGAUCAUGAAUCUCUGGGCGAUAGGGACGCUGGGGCAGGGCAUGACGACGACGACGACGGGUCGACGAAAGGAUCUUCUCAAACGACGGGUAGCCCUGGCGGUUUCGGCAAGAGGAAGAGCACGAGGCAACAAACUUUCGAAGCGAUGACACAAUGGAUGGAGAAGCACGGUGCGCUAAUGGCAUUGACGAUGAAGAGCAACAGCAAGCGCCAGUGUUCCAUCCAAAUACAGCAGUGUGAGGUGUUGGAAGCGGAGGUCGAAGUGCAGAAACAGCACUACGCAGCGUCUGGCGAACCUUGCGGCGGGUUCGCUGUCUUAUGCGCGCGCUACGAAGCCCACUCGACGCCGUCGUCUGCGUGCGUUCCGACGUCAUCGUCGUCAUCCUCACCACCUUCGUCAUCCUCACCACCUUCGUCACCUUCGUCGCCAUCAUCGCUUUCGUCACCAUCAUUGCUUUCGCCGCCAUCGUUGUCAUCGUCACCACAAUCGUGGCUGUCGCCUUCUUCAACGCACGGGGGCUUCCACCGUCGUCGUCGCCGCAUUCAACAUGGGACCUGUGAACGUCAUCGUCACGUUCUUCCGCCGUGGAGUGCGCAACUCAUAUUCGUCAUCGUCACUGCCAUCGUCGCCAUCAUCGCCAUAGUCGCCGUCUCUCCCGUCGUCACUGCUGUCGUCUUCGUCACCGUUGCGGGCCGUCGUCGCCAACGUCUAUCGGGUCGUCGUCGACAACGUCGCCAUCAUCGCCAUAGCCGCCAUCGCAGUGGAGACGAUCUUUCGAAGCGCAGGGCACGUUUCGCCAAUGCAGCGGAGAUCUCGACUUUGCGGGUGAUCAAGCUUCAAGUGGGUGUGUUGUGCGCCAUGUCGUCCCGUGGUUUUGGACGCGGCAAGUCCGCCACCAACCUGGCAGCAGAAGCGGCGGUCCGGGAGAAAAAGGGCCGCCAAGUGGCCAACAAGAAGAGGAAGGUCGUCCAAGGCGGCCCCUCACUUGCAAGUUACGUCGACGAUGAAGACUGGGUGCCAGAGAGGGUGGCGACGCGAGACGAAAUCGACUUCGACAAAGAGGACGAUGCGUCGUUGAAGAGGAAGUUGUUCAGGCGGACAGGUGGAGGCCUCCGGAUAGACGAGAGUGGCGAUAGACAAGGUGGAGGAGGGCGCGCAAUCAUGGAAGACGUCAUCGCCGUCGACGCCGCGGCGGUAUCCAGGGAGGGCGGGGGAAGUGUCGCCGCACAUCAAAAUCGCGCGCCCGUGCCACAUGUGAAUAACGCCCUUGAUGCGGAAGAGGGUGCGCUCCGCGCAUGAAUACCAACAACCCCGCGCUCGAGGACGGCUGCAGACGUGGGCGUCAUCGCGCAAGCCAUC